AUGGACAGCCAAGCGUUUGUGAUUCCGCUUGCGGGAGAUCAGAAAAUCUCUUUGGCGACCACCACGCUGCCUGUCACCGAGUGCCGCGGGAGAUCGGGCUGGCCGGCGGCUCCUGUUCUAGGUUCGUUGACGGCAGCCUUGGCGUCGCAGCGGCUGUGGAAUCGGCACUGGCGCCGGCACAGGCGAACAGCGAGGAGCACAGGGAGCGAAGCCUUGCCGGAGUUUAUCGAGACCAAAGGAGUGCCAGUUGUCCUUUACGCGCCCCGGAGGGAAGUUGAAGAGCAGGCUUUGGAGCAAUUGAUCAGCUUGGCUGAGUCCCCUCUUCCAGUGGGACAUGUGGCCGCGAUGCCAGAUGUUCACCUGGGAAAAGGUGUGGCAAUUGGUGCAGUCUUCGCUUCAGAGAAAUAUGUCUGUCCUAAUGCCGUCGGUGUCGACAUUGGCUGUGGAAUGUGUGCUGUUCCCGUCGACGGCCUGUACAAGCAGGAUAUGUCCGAAGAGAAGCUUCGCAAACUGCAAGCCUUGAUCAAAGAGCGCAUCCCAACAUCCUUCGAUUCGCACCCUGUGCAGCUUUCUUGGGCCAAAGGAACCUUGAAGGACAUCAGUCGCGAGCACCACCCGACCGACUAUCUCGCUGAGCGCAUCGAUAAAGAAGACAGGAUUGCCAAGCAGCUGGGAACGUUGGGCGGCGGCAAUCACUUCUUGGAGGUCGUGUACGCCGAGGGCGACGAGCAGGUGUGGUGUAUGCUCCACAGUGGAAGCCGAAAUGUUGGCAACACAACCGCCUCUUUCUACGACUCAAUAGCAGGUGACAGGGGACGCCGUCUUAGAGGUCAGCAUGGCUCGUUGAAUUACCUGGAGAUCGACAGUGCCGAAGGACAAAACUAUCUCAAAGACAUGCAAUGGUGUCAGUCAUACGCCAGAGAGAACCGGAACAGCAUGAUGAAUCUGAUGGUUUCAUCGGUGGAGGAGGUUACUGGAAAACGAGCGGACAUGUCAAGGGCUGUCAACGCCCACCACAACUUCUGCCAGUGCGAGAAAUGCCGCUUCUAUGACCACAAAACUGGCGCCGUCAAGGAGAAGAACCUCUGGGUCACGCGAAAAGGCGCCACCAGUGCUCGUGAGGGCCAGUAUGGCAUCAUCCCAGGCAGCAUGGGAGUGGGCAGCUACAUAGUCAAGGGCCGUGGAGCCAGAGGCUCUUGGCAAAGCUGCUCUCAUGGCGCUGGCAGGACCAUGUCCAGGACGCGGGCGAAGAAGGAGAUCCCACAGGAAGCCUUUGAGGCCUCGAUGAAAGGCAUCAUUUGCGACACCAAUCCGGCUGUGAGAGACGAGGCUCCACAGGCCUACAAAGACUUGGGCAAGGUUCUAAAGAACCAAGCCGAUCUGGUGGAGGUGGAGCAUCGGCUGCUUCCGCUGGUCAACGUCAAGGGAUUCGAGGAGAAGGGCGGCUUCUCCAACGGUGGUCGCAAACGAGGUAAGAGAAAGCAGCGCAAAGCCUCACGGCGCACGUGA